AUGUCUGGAAGGCUGUGGUCCAAGGCCAUUUUUGCUGGCUAUAAGCAGGGUCUCCGGAACCAGAGGGAGCACACAGCUCUUCUUAAAAUCGAAGGUGUUUAUGCUCGAGAUGAAACGGAAUUCUAUCUAGGCAAGAGAUGUGCUUAUGUGUACAAAGCAAAGAACAACAUAGUGACUCCUGGUGGCAAACCAAACAAAACCAGAGUAAUCUGGGGAAACGUAACUCGUGCUCAUGGAAACAGUGGCAUGGUUCGUGCCAAAUUCCGAAGCAACCUUCCUGCUAAAGCCAUUGGCCACAGAAUCCAUGUGAUGCUGUACCCCUCAAGGAUUUAA